AUGCGACCGGGUACUAUCUCUAUGGUACCUGGGCCGGAGGUCGAUGCAAGUAGCUACCAGGUAGCUACCAAGUUUUCGAGGUUUUCUCCACUCAACAUAACGGACUAUAUCGCAGCGGGCUGCAGGUGAUAUAGCCAAGUUUUUUUGCUGUGACCUCGUCAAAGUUUCGUUUUUUUUUUUCAAAAAAUUAGGGUUUAAAAAAAAUUCUGCUUUUUUUUUAUAUUGCUUGCGGUAUAGCUUUACCCUCAUAGUCCAUAAUAUUAGGUUUAAUAAAAUGCAGAAAGAGUUAUUACAAGUUUUAAAAGGACUUGCGGCCUGAUUUUUUGCUACAGUUAUUAAUUUUUGGCGCGUUAGGAAAACCUCUGUAACUCGGCUCAAACUCAACUUUUUCAAAAACUCAUGUGGCUCGUUUUUUUGAACGUACUGUUUAUCUGAUGGUAUGAAACUUGAGACUGGAAAAAGUUUCUAGGAAUCCGUCGAGUCCGCUGUUUAUGCAUGGCUCCUUCAUCUUUUUUUUUCUGUCUUGGACAAUAAUGAGGGAGCGUAGGUAGCUUCCAACUCUAUUUAAUUUCAUAAAUGACUUGAAAGGAGCAGACUCGACGGAGCUUAAACGGACAUCUCUACCUUUUGUCUCCUUCUGAUCAACAUCAAAGAAGCCGUCGACAGAUUCGCUUGUAACCCGAAAAAGGCAAGUGAAUCGCAGAAAAGACGAUGCCACCCACUCGACCGGUAUCGAUCAUCAGCCACUCGAAAUGCUAUUUCGCUAUCAUCUUCUUCGUCUUCUCCUUGCCCCCGUUAUUUAUGUGCUUUGCGAAUGUAAGCGUUCUUCUGUCGCUACUGUCUCCAGCGUUCGCUUUCAGCAACCAGCGACGAUGCGUUCGCCGUCCAAGUCGAAGAGGUUCGGAAUGAUGCAGUCAGCAUUCGCUGGGACCUGCCUGCAGAAGUCGCGACUCGCGUCACCAAACAGCGGCUCGUGGUCGCCGUUGUGCGAAGUGGGUCGAACAUCUUUCCUCACCAUUUCCAUUUUGUCCGUUAAUCAACAAACGAAAUCAGUCACUGAAGCGAAGUCAUCCAUUUUCUCAUAGAUUUCACGUGGCUAGACGGUAAAAACAAAACACAAAAACGUUUCAAUUUCUAGCAAAUUACUUUAGGAGAAAAACUCCUAUAUGCAUUUCUCAGUUAUCAAUUUCAAGACUGAUUGUGUUUUAUUUGCGAAAAACGUUAGAUUUGAAAUUAUUAUAUAGAAAAAAAACUUUCUAUAAUUAAUUAAUCGAUUUUAACAAAAUUAUCAGAAAUUUUAUCAGAUUCGAAAGUUCUAUCACAAAAAGGCAGUGUUUUUUGACUGUCUUUUUUAGAUACUGACUCAAAGUUUGAGAUUUUUUGAAAAGAUUUUUCGACCCAAAGCUUCGCACCCACUCAACAGAACACAACUCAAAAUCAAACAAAGUGGGAGAGUUCAGGCUCUCAACAAGCCGGACGCACAUCGAUGACGGUCAACGUCGGCGCCGACCUCAGAACUUAUAUCUUUACCAAACUGUCUGGAAACACAACAUAUCGUACUUCUGUUGAAGCUUUCAUGGUUUUUCAUUCGCCUUCCAUCUUAAGCCCUUAUUUUGACUACAGAACGAGACAAGCAUUUGGUACGCGAGUAACAUGGCCACAACCAGCCUCGCCGGUUUUUGCACCUUUUGAAAUUAUUCGAAGUUCUUAUCUUCCAGCCCUCAAUUGGCUUCCCGCUCCGGGCGAGUUGACGUUGCUGGAUAGAAAAAAAGAUUCUUUCGAAAUAUCCUGGAUUCCUCCAGUCGUUCUUGAAACUGGACAUCAUCUUGUGAUUACCCAACAUCUUGUGAGUUACUGUCUUUUAAAUCAAGGCUUUCUCCAUCUCAGGUCAACGUCUUCGAGUUUUUUGACGGUCAGCUGUCCAAGAAACACUCCUUGACAGUUCCCGUGCCGAUGUCGAGGCUUCUGAUUGAAAGGCUCAAACCGGCGACCGCGUACAAUGUUACGGUCCAAGUGAGUUCUACCUUUUCGAGUUCUUCUGACGAAAUGAGGGUUUCCGGCUGGAACGAGCUACGGCUACGGCAAUACCGUGUGGAGCAUGUACUCAACGAUAGAUGAGGACGGAGGUCACGUCCUGAAACUCCGCUCCAGAACUCCCAAUUCGCUGACGCUCUAUUGGCCGGCCAACUGGAUUUCCAAGAGCUCGUCCAAGUUCACAGUUGGUUUCCUUCCUUUUUUCUAGUCGCAACGCCUUCAGAUUCGCGCAAAGACCUUACACUCUCCCACUGGCGUGGCUAAGGAGAUAGAGAAUUCGGGAAUGACUGAAACUGGAAAACCAAAUGAAUUCGUCGUCGACAACUUGCUACCUUCAUCUACUUAUAAUAUAUCGAUAACGACUCCGGAUGAAGAGGUAGAAAUAAUCCUGUAGAGGUCGAGGCUUUUUCCUAGUCAGAGAACUUUUCUGUGUAUUCAGACGUCAACAGGUGCGCCUCGACAAACAUCAUUCCAAGUAGAAAACAUCUUUAUUGUUCACUAUUAUCAUGUUUGAGGAAAAUAGUUUUCACGCAGUUCGAGAUGAAGAAAGAAAAGUGGAGGAGAGGAAAGAAUUUUGAAUCUUAAAAAUAGUUCUGAAAAUAAGCUGAAACCCUUUUUAUUCAUUUGUUGAAGGAACUGAAUUUUUUUACUACGUUUUUUUAGGUUGAUCUUUUUUUAAAAGAUUACUUCACGGGCUAUUGUGAGAAAAAAAUUGAACUCAAAAGAUUUUUUUAAAAAAAGUUAAACUUUUUGUAGGUUGUGUACUUCCUGAAUUCUUUCAACAGAUACCAAAGUUUUUGACUAAAGGAUUAAAAAAAAUCUGAAGUUCUGAGUUAAAAUUCAUCUCUUGCAAGAAAUUUUUUCACAGAAGUCGGACAGACGGUGGACUAGCAUGAAGUGGAAGACUGCUUGGGCGGUUUACUCAACAAUGACGCAAGUUUGACAUUAUCAGUAACUGAAGAACUUGAAUUUUCAUCAAAUUUUUCAAGACGAUAAUUCAUUAAAUUAGCUAAUCCUAGAAAAACUCAGUGAAGAAAAAAGACAUACUUGAGGGUGAGUACGGAGUUCCCGAGGCGAGGAUUGUCGUCGAAACUGACGUCGCCGUUUCAAUCGUUUUCCAGCCAUUGAAGCUCCAACGACACAUCACCUAUCAAGUCUGUGUAGCGGAAAUUCCUUUUUUCACGAAAAUUGAAAACAGAUCAAAUAUACUCUACUGGAAAAAAACUCGACAAACGUGACGGACGAGCUAGGCGACGCUCAACUCGCGUGAGAUAUUGUUUUUAAUCGAUUCUUGAUAUUUAUUAAAUCAAAAAGCCGGGUUAUAACUAUUGAAACUUAUUUCUUGGGCAAAACAAGAAAGAUCCUCAAAAGUUUCUUUAAAAAGAAGUUUCUAAGGAUCACCAACAUGUUUUGCAAUAGCUGGUUUUAAUUUCACUUGUGUCUUUUUUGACUUCCUUCAAUGCUGGAAAGCAAAUAAAAAGUUUUAAGAUAAUCAAAAAAAUAAGAAUAAGCUUUAGAGGCUCUGAAAAAGGAAUUUUUUCGUUUUGCCAAUUUUUAUUGAAUAAAAGAAAUUGAACAGGUGUCCGAAGUUUGGAUGCGAGUGGAAAUGUGCCUUGAUUAUCAAUUUGCCACAUCGUCCACGCGAAUAUCACUUUGAGGUAAGUCAUGAAAAAUUUUAAUAUUCGAAAUUUUGAAAAUUCAAUUCAGUUUUCAGAAAAAAAAACUUUCUCCUGCGUCAUGGAAAAUUUAAAAGUAGUUUCUCGGUUCGCUAAACUGUCGUUGAUCAAAAACGGUGCCUAUUAAAAUCACGCCCUUCUUAUUUUAUUAGUAGAUGAAUUAUAAACAUUCGGGUGACCACCUGCUUCUCCAUGUAGGAAUAGUACGGAGUUCAGCUUACCCAUCUGAGAAAGACGUCGGAUUAUAGUCUGUUCAGAUUUUUGAUGUCAAGUAGAAUGACGUCAUUCAAAAAUGCUCUGUGGAUGGCUCGCUCUCUGAUUGGUUUAUCGCACCACUAUGGGCGGAGCUUGAGUGACGACUGGACAUUCAAAAUCUGAACAGACUAUAAGAGCGGAAAUAAAGUCUGACCAUUCGAAAGAAGAAAUGAGAGAAUAAAAAAUAAGGACACAUCUGUUCAGCCCGUCCGGUCUGGCACACGGUAGGUUGAAAUUGUGCAUACACCCAUGGCGGUUUUUGGGUGAUAUCUUCGUAAUUAACGAGCUUUUUGUACGAAAAAAUAAACAAAUUUGAAGAAAAACACAUAUAAAAAUUCAAAGAUACAAAUUUAGUUUUCAUAAUCAGGUUUUUGCGAACGAUGGCAAGCCUUGAAAAAAUGCUUAAAUUGGGAAAUCUUUAGUAAGUGAAAAGUCUUUUUUUAAUGUAAUUUUUUAUCUAUUAAAAUCGGAAAUUGCCUUUCAAUACAAAAAAUGAUCAAAACUGGUCUAGUAUGGCUAGCGGAGACGGCGCAGUGCAAACCGGACGAGUCCCUGUAGCUCUGAACAAUUCUUGUAAACGAUGAAGAAAAAAAAUCACAACUAUGCCCUGCACUGAAAUGAAAAAAAGAUUAAUGGUGUAAAAGGAAGUCCCAAAAUAUGAAAAAAUUCCUAGAAACUUGUGUUCUGCGACUUUAAAGUUGUCUGUACGAAAGACUCACUGAAUGAGAAAAAUAUAGGAAAAUUAAUUUUCUACCCUCAUUGAUUAAAAAAAAAUGCUGUUAGAAUAGGCGCAUUCAAAAAAAAAAGAAAUUCAAAUGAUCGAAAACAAUGAAAACACAUUGAAACAGGAAUCAUGUACUGUAAUUAAAGAAGCAAACAAAUGAAAUCAAUGGACAUUGACGCACGCUUUUUCUCUCAUGAACAGACACAAACAUGAGCGAGUCUGCUGAAUUUUGUUAGUAUGAGCAAGCGGUGCGAUAAUUUUCUGCUUUAGAACUCUAGAGUCUCUCUUUCUCUCUUUCUCUGAACUGGAGAGGCGCGCCCGAAUUUUCGGUUGCUAUUUCUUCAAUCUUUGAUUGCGAAAAAACGACGAAAUAGCAGAAGGCAGAAAAAUAAGAAUUUUCAUAAUUGAUUUUGACCUCAGACAUUGAAAUUGAGCUAUUAAAAUUCUUCACCCAUACCAUAUAUUUUUAGACGCCAUUAUAGAUAGCACUCCCAAAAGUCUCCUCUUGGCGCAUUCCGCGUGCGUGCGCGCGCCAAUUCAAAUUUCGUCUCUUGGACUAGAUUUACAGGCUUCCAGUAUAUGGUUCUUUUUGUAUAAUUUUUCUUACUUAUUCAUUUCCAGUUUUUUUAUUUUAUUUAAUAUUGACUCAUUUAGGGAAUCUAACUUUAUUUAAGAAAGUUUUUUUCUUGUUUUAGCGCCAAUUCAAAUUUUCGCCUUCACUCACUUGCACAGGCAAAUGGGGAAGGUACCAUAAUGUGCCCACAAAUAUACCUCUUAAAAAGAAUCUUGAAUAUUCCAUAAUAUGUCCAUCGUGAGACGUCGAGCAUAAAUUUUAGCUCUAGCUGACCAGGGAAUGGUGUCUAGUCGCAGUUGGAUUUCAGAAUGAGACCCAGUCCACUAAAUGAAGUUUUUUUCAUGCUGUUUCCAAAUCUGUUCUCAAAAAAAUGCCGCGGAGGUCCGUGAAAAAAAGUUUUUUUGGAAAAGUUUUUUUGAGCGGAGAUACGAUUUUUUUCAAAGCUCCUCGCAUGAUAAGGAAAUUUGCUGCUGAAAAAUUCAUUCUUCGUUUCUCAUGAGCGAAUAGAGAACAACGUGUACAGCUUAUACAAAUUUCAAAGGAAGUCUGAAAAACAGAAUGAAUAAAAAAAUUAGAAAACCGAAAUGACUAAAAAAAUAAUAAUAAUAAAAAAACCUGGGAAGCAUUUCCAGGCUACUCGGUAGCAAUCAAAAAAAUUUCAGGUACUCUGCCCGUAUAUCCAGUUAUCAUAGAUAUGAUACCCGUGUAAAAUUAAUUGGAAGUUUUUUUAUGCAAGAAAAAAAUUAUUCAAAAAAACCAUAUACUGGAAGCCUGUAAAUCUAGUUCAAGAGACGAAAUUUGAAUUGGCGCGCGCACGCACGCGGAAUGCGCCAAGAGGAGACUUUUGGGAGUGCUAUCUAUAAUGGCGUCUUAUAUUUUUACUAGCAUUCCGCGCUAGCUUGUCACGUUUUUCUUUCCGCCAAAAGGCCAGGUCAAAUUUAACCAACUUUCGCUUCAAGACAUUUGUUUCUUGCCGUUAUGAAAGCAGACAUUUGAUCUAAUUUGGUAUACGGUCUUUUUGGCGGGAAGAAAAACGUGACAAGCUGGCGCGAAAUAGACUAUAACGAAGAACCAAGAAAGAAUGCCAUGAAGAAAAAUUCUCAAAAGUUUCGUCAGAAAGGACUUACACAACUCUAUAAAACCUUUCGUGAAAUCUCAUAAAGAGUUUUCCUAAACUACACAAAAAGUUAUUAAAAAAACCGCAUGAUUAUUUUUUUCCACAGAAACAUAAAUAUUUUUUUUCAGAUCAGAGCAAAAGUGGACGACGUUUGGAACAAAUGGACCAAGGUUGUAGUGAGGUUGGACCGUUUCCUCAUCAAAACUCAAGUCCUUCCGCCAGACAGUGGAAUCUUCUGGAGCGCGUCUGCUCGAUAAACCCUCCGACGGAGUUUGUCGACCACAUCGGAGACGUUUCGCGACAACGCGACGUCGACAUCGCUGGGACGCUGGCUAAGACGCCGGAUGCCUGGCGGUACGUAGUCGUAGUCGACAGCAGGGCCCACGACUUCGCUGCAAUCGACAUUUCGAAACUGGCUGAUCGCACGACUUCUGAAGCCGACAACGUGCCGUACUACAUCACUGCAUCUUUGACACCCGAACAGGCUUCUGCCAUCAAGGAUUUCAGGUAAGAAUCUUCAUUUUGGAUCCUGGAAUUCAUCAAAGGAAUUCUUCGUGGUUUCAUCAUGAUUUGAGCUCAUUUUUGAACUACAAAAGUUCUUUUUCGACGGAUAAAAAAAUGAUGAACUUGAAUGAAAUCGAAAACCCUCCUCUUCCUCGUCAAAAAUUUUUUUUUUCAUAAUUUUAUGGUUUUGCAAUAAUUUUACCCUUCAACAUUACUCUUAUCACUUACUUCGUUUCUUGCUUUCUAUCAAGAAAGCCUUUUUUUCCCAUUUUAUCCUCCAAAUGCGAGCCAACCUCGAGUUUUUCAGAAUUGGAGAUGGAAGAGUGUACGGUGGAUAUUUGAACUAUCCUCUGCGAGCUCAAACUGAUCCCCGGUGGACGCUAAUUCCCGUGACUCGGACUGAAAACGAAAUUCUUGAGCCUCAGUUGAAGACUUGUGGGUUUGACGAAGAAGGUCGGUAUUUUGACAUCCAUCCGGAUAGACGUCUGAUAUCAGGAUCGUUCAAGUGCGACAUGCAGCUUUUGGAGCUCCUUUCUCACGUCCCGGUGCUCAUCGUCACCGCCAUUUUUCUGACUUUGGUCCUUCUGGCAAUCGCGGUCCUUCUGGCACUCUAUUGCUUUCUUCGCAAUCUCUGUGCAGGUGAACUUCGUUUUUGAAAACACAAAAUAGAAGCUUUACUUGUGUGCUGAUCGACACAAAUCUCAUUCUAACUUCGCUUUUAGUUCAGAUUUCAUCAAUACAGCGAGAAAUCUAGUAAAGAAAAUACUUUUUUUUUUAAAAUUUUCACACACUACAGUUUCCUAUCGAGUUGUCUUCGAUCAAUUUCAAAGCCGAAACUUUCCUUUGAUAGCUAGUUUUUCUUUCAAAAUUUGAUUUCAUCCCGAAAUUUCAGACAGCGAGUUGGGGACAAAAGAGACGACGCUGAUGUACUACCACUCGGAUUCGCCAAACACCAUAAGCAGAGAACACCGAUUGGUAAUUUCUGCUCUCUUUCAUUCUUUUGAGCGCUCAGCCCGAAAUAAAAAGGAAGAAAAACGAAACAAGUGUGCGUUGAGGUGGAAAGGCGAGAGUUCCACGCUUCGGACAUGGAAGAACGAAUGCGAUUCAUGGAGGUCGACGACUAG